CAUGCUGGUAAUCUUGUCCUUGGUUAUUUAUCUGGUGUUCCUACUGUAUGCAUGCAGGGAAGAUUGCAUUUCUAUGAGGGACACCCAGCAUGGCUGGUUACAAUGCCAAUUAGAAUGAUGAAGCUAAUUGGUGUUGAGACUCUCAUUGUAACGAAUGCCUCUGGAGGUCUCAAUCAAGAUUACAACAGUGGUGACAUAAUGGUGAUAAAGGAUCACAUUAACUUAACAGGAUUGACUGGUCAGCAUCCUCUGGUGGGGCCAAAUGAUGAAAAGUUUGGUCCACGUUUCCCAGCCAUGACCACGCCCUAUGAUCCUGAAUUAAGACGAUUGGCUCAAGAGACAGCCAAGGAAUUGGGUUUCUCUGGUUUCAUGAGAGAAGGGGUUUAUGUCAAAGUGAGUGGUCCGAGCUAUGAGACCCCAUCUGAGUCAAGACUUCUGCGUAAAAUUGGAGCUGAUACAGUAGGAAUGAGCACUGCACCUGAAGUUGUGGUAGCAAUACAUGCUGGGAUGAAAGUACUAGGAUUUUCAAUGGUUACUAAUGUGGUUAUCCUUAAACAAGAUUCAGACAAAACACCACCAACACAUCAGGAAGUGAUGGAUACUGCAAAUAAACGUGCAAAAGACCUUCAACUUCUUGUUAAAACAAUUGUAGGAAAACUAGCAAGCACACUUAAAGCUACAGAAAGUGCUGCUACUCCUGCUGCUGCUAUGCUGCAUAAGGAAAAAGAAAAUUGACUAUUUUAAUACAGAGUGCUAAUUUUAUAUCAUUAUUGGAUACUUGUACAAUGGAGAAAUAUUAGUUUUUAUUAUACAUGUAUGACUUUUAUUUAAUUUCACAAAAAUAUUAUGCUGACUCCA